UAAUAGCGUCUAUUCCUUUUCAGGGGCCGCUGUAUUUGUUGUGUGUGCGGGGAAGGAGUCUAUUAGUGAUAAAACAAUUUACGGGCCAAAAGCAUAUGUGUGUUUCAGGGGGCUGGCGUUAUAAAACGGGUCGUUCCAACUGAACUAAAAAGCCAAUAAAUCAGACAUAAUACGACAAACAUUGUGAAAAGAAAGGGUUGAAGUGUUUUCAAGAGAAACUGAUAGAUAUAGAUGAAAAGAAAAAGUGAGCGAGACUUUUUUUUUCAUUUGCAACAGAUACAUUAUAUAAACGUAUUUGACAGGUAUUGUUAAAAUGUGGUUAUUGGAAAUGAGGCAAUGAUUCGGCCAUAAUAAUCAAUAUCAAACAUAUAUAUAUAUAACCUAUAUUAUAAUUUUUUUACAAUCUAUUUUUUAAUAUUUCAGGCAUUCGAUCCUCAAUUUCAAGUAUAGAUCUCGAGGACCGUCAUCUUUCGUCACGGACGGAGGACUAUGCAAUGGAUCUGAGGGCGGGAGAGAUAGUGACACCUUUGAGACAAGGUGGAGCGGAUCAUACAGAGUAUAUCUAUGGCAGGGGCAGAGAUAGUGCGGAGUAUCGCUACUACAGAGACAGAGUAAAAGAACGAAAAGUUAAAAUAGAAAAACUAAGACAAGAAAACAAAGAAUUACAAGAUACAAUGGAACGUCAAAAAUCAAGCAGACGAGAUCUCCCAGAACCUAAAGAUGUCUCAAGUAUUAAUCUAAAUGCAUCAAGCCAACAGAAAUUAAUUCCUGUGAAAGAUUUUUUAUUGACACAUCUUCCCCCAUGCUAUCAGCAUGUUGAGAUGUUGAGCUUAAUCAGGUCCUUGGUUGAUAUCACUGUCAAAAUUGAAGUGAAUGGCGUGGGUCGGGAGAGAAAACAGUUUUGGGAUGGAGUUCAGACAUCAGUACUGACUUCAAAGUCUUUGGAUACAAUGGACGUGCCAGGAAGUGCUGAAGGUAAUCCAAAAAAUGCUUCAACUAGGAAAACAGAAAAUACUUUCCAUGAAUUUUCUAUAUUACAUAGUAAAGGGGAUGUAAAAGAUUUUACAGGGACGUCUGAUGGCAUUCGUUUAUCUGAUGUUGUGUUGGGAAGUGGUAAAGUCGAUGACGUGUUUAUUCGUACAGACGGCCCAUGUCCAUGUCAUAAGAAAUGUCAAGAAUGGGGAGAAAUACGAGUGCUGACGUCUGCUCAGUUAAUGUACGACGACGAUGACGCCAAACAUUUCGUCUGCACAUUUUUUUAUGACGACGACGAUAAACGAAUGGACCAACAGAAAUCUGCUCGAGGUGACAGAAUAGUCCUGAGAGAUUUAAAGAAAGAUGUCUGUAUGUUUCUCUGUGUGACUUGUGAUGUAGAGCUUGUAAGAACACUUGAAGGAAUGUUGGACAAGUUUGAACAAAGUUGGGAAAACGCUUUUGACAAAUACGCCAACACUGUGAAGUGGGAAAAUGAAAAAUUGACAGUCAUAGUGUCUCAUCCUAACGGAUUAAGAAAACACAUUUCCCUUGGUAAAUCUUUGACUCCAAAUGUGGAGAGCUCUGACAAAAGACUACAAUAUGAAACUCCAACGUGUAAGGGAAGUACAGGAGCUUAUGUACUGAUACCAGACUUUGACGUUCAUGAUGACGUUUAAUCUUUGCUCUUGCGUUUGCGAUGGAUGUUAACUAUUUCCCUCCUAAUUGACGAUGCCAACGUUGAUUUCACCUUAUUAAACUAAAUUGUUUUUUCCAUUCAUAAAUUUUAACUCGUGUUGUGUAAAAAAAAAGCAUGCAUUCUUCUACAAUUCGGUACCAAAUAUAACUUUCAGAUAACAAACAAAAAAAGUUAUUCAAGUUUAAUCGGAACAGGAUGGCGAAAUACAAAUCAGCGAAAUGAAUAAUACUAUCGGAACGAGGAGAAUAAUGACGGAGAGAAAGAGUUAAUAUAAAAUAUACUAAAUUGAAUAUAAUGAACAUAAAAGAUAACAUAUAUACGGUAUGUAUAAUACAUUUAAUUCAUUUUUUAGACUUGAAUAAUUUUCUAAAUACUUUUUUCUGAAACUUAAUCUUAGUAACUUUUAUAUGGGCAUUUUUAUCUGUCUACAAUUUUUAGGACAUUUAAAAAAAUGAUAAUCAUGACCGCCUGGCCUAAACUUCCGGCCGAACGUGCUUCCAUAAAUUUGAUCUGAGAGAGGCUAUUAUAAAAAAAAAUAAAAAAAUAAGUAUAUCUUACCUUUAAAUUUGAACGUAUUUAACAAUUAUUAUUUUCAACAAAGUCAUUUUACUUCUAAUCGAAUGAUGCUAGAAAAAUGUAAUAGACUUACAUUAAGGAAACCCAACUGUACCAAAACGUCUGCUUUGUUAUUAACAACAUCGUAACAUAGUUGACCUACACUUAUUUUAUUUAUUU